AGGAAGGAGCAGAGAGAGCGCCCGGGAGCCCGCAGGAGGCCCUCAUCCCCCCGGGGACGGGGACGGGCCGGCCGUCUGGGUGAGCCUCGGGCUCCGCGGGAAGGAGAGGUUGGACUGAGCAGCAACGGCUCCGCCCUGCGGGGGACCUGUUUACACAGGAGGCUCUGUGAGGCCAGACACCUGCCCAGGGCUCGGCUGAGGUGACAGGCUGAGAUCUGCUAGAAUGACCCGAAACUCUGAAUUCUCUGGAUUCCACUGCUCCUAACCACAAUACCAGCACAGCCAGGGAAGGCCCGACUUUAUGCUACUCAUGACUUGGCCCGGGAGCUGACUCAGUCGCCCGUGGGAGCAGCACCGGGAGGGGACAAGUGGAUUUUCCUGGAGUCACAUUUCUAAUAAAGGAGCAACUUCCACGUUCGAGCCGUCUAAAACUGGAUGGGGCUGCCUGGGAUGGAGUGACCUCUUCAAAGAUGGCUGGUUGUGCGUUAGUAACAGGUGCUUUUGAGUCUGGCACAUAAUGGGCAUCAGUAAUCAUCUGUUAAAUAAAGGCCAGCACGACUCACUCGCCUCCAACAGUGUCGGGCGUUCCUGACGCACUGCAUCGAAAUCCUCCGGAGGGUUUGCUGAAGCGUGGGGUGCCGGUCCCGCCCGAGUGUCUGCUUGAGCCAGCGUGUCAAUCAGCUCCCCAGGGCUGGCGAUCCAGGGACCACACUUUGAGAAGCACUGACGCUCAUGACAGUGGAAACCUCGCCUUCACAGUGCCCGCAUUCUACUGAGACAGCAUCCUUGGGAGGCCUCAGGUGCCGGUGAUACCCCCGACCUUUUACCCAAGAGAAAACUGAAGGGCAGAGAGAUUCCAGGAUGGCACGACACCCUCUCCUUUUCCCGUGUCCUUCCUCACAAUUUAUAGUUAUGCUAUUUGGGGGUUAGUUUUUUCAGUGGCUGCCUCCUUCCUUGAAUGUGACUCUCGGGGGGCAGAGGUCAUGCCCAUGCUGUUCACUGUUUCCCGAGUGUCUGCGACAAUGCCUGGCACACGUUUCCACAUCUGAAAAAUACGAGAGUUGGUGUAGAGCCUCUUCAGGAUCCCUUCGGAACUUCUGUCAGGCUAUGCAAAGGAGUGGCUAAGAAUUUCAGCUUUGCAGUUGGACAAACCUGCAAUUUGGAUCCCAGCUGUGUGUCCUUGGGAAAGUUACUUUACCUCUCUGAGCUGGGCCUAGACAAGCCCGGCCCUGCAGCCCACAUGUCCCUGUCCCAACACAAAGAAUAAACGAGAAGAAGGCAGAAAGGUAAGAUCUUCCAAAAGCCCAAGAUGCUUCCCUUAUCUUGUCUGAGGGUGCGUGAGGUUUUUUCUUCCUCUUCCUCCUCCUCCCCCUUUCCCUGGACCCCUGUUUUCACACAGCACGUUGGGCCUCCGGGUAGGACAGAGCUUUCUGGUCAGAAGGUCUUCUAGGAAAGUCAGUUCUGGGUUGGUCCCACUCCGGGAGCCCUGGCUGGUGUCUGCUGACUGACUAUACCACUCACCUGCACAAGCAGAGGUUUUCGCCCAACCUCCCACCAGACUCCUCACCUUUCCUGCCCAGACAGCUGCGUCUCGACAGGUGCCCCUGCCCCAGGCUGCGUGACCCCAGCCGCCGUCAGGGACCCUCCCCAGGGAUGUGCUCAAGCCACGUCCUCUGCUCAGCAAGCCGCAGCCCCCCAGCUCCUCCAAGGUAAGGCGUACGCCCCGGGCCUGGCGUACAAGGCCCUUCCCUGUCCUUCCUCUUCUCGCCUCCCAGGCUCCUCGCCCGCACGCCCCUCGCUGCUCCCUUGCUGCCCGCCUUGCUGUCCUCGCUGCACCCUGCUGUCACACCCCCGUGGCGUUGCAAGUGUUGCUUCUUCUGCCUGAGCACGCUUCCUUCCCUGUUGGCUGUCUGGGGAGCUUGAAGCCGCUCUUCAAGGUCCAUUUAAAAGUCGCCCCCUCUGGGAGGCCCUCCAGGUGCCUCCAGGCUCCUUUGGGCUUCCUCGGCGGCUGGCCCCUUGCUUUUCAUAGCAUCCAUCCCUGAGCUAUAAUUAUUUAUUUACAUAUUUAUUCCCCCCUGCCCUGCACUGAAGGCUCCUUGAUGGCAGAGGUCUUUUACAUUUUUGUACUGAGUGUCUAGAACCCAGCAGGUGCUCAGGAAAGACCUGUUACUGCAAAUGUCCAUCCACCUUGUGUCCGGAUCAGAAUGCGGUGCUUUAAGUUUUGGGCGGCUGCUCCUUCCAGGGAAACUUUGUGUGGUUCGCAGGAAGCAGGUGGACCCGUGCCCACCUAGAACAGCGAUGGUCAGAAGGUCUGGAGUCAGGCCCAGGCCCCGGGCCAGCUGGGCCAGGUUUAGCUCUGAGUGACUGGCCACCUCUCUAACCCGAGACACGGGAAUGAGGGCGCUCGCCCCGCAGGGCCGUGGUGAGGGUUCAUCCAGAAGCCGGCUGAGCGCGGGAUCUCAUCAGGUUCAGUAAACGACAGCGACAGUGAUUAUCCGGUCUGCUGAGGAGGGGCCGGCGCCCUGCCUCCACCCCACCCCGCCCCCGCCCCGCGCCCCCAGGACCCCAGCGUCUGAGGCCGGGGGCGCCCGGCCUCUGGGGGCCCCACAGGUCUGAGCGCCGCUGCCCGGGGGCCCGGGGAGGCGUGUCCUGCGGAUGGCACAGAGCGCCCUGUGUCCAGCAGAGGGCCCAGCCCUGCCCUGCCUGGUGGCUGAGGGGUGGGGAUGGAGCGGGGUGCUGGAGCCGGCUGGCAAUGCCAGACGCCCGAUGGGGGCGGGCCCACCAGCCAGCUGCCCGUCGAGUCGGCCCUGCACUCGGUCCGGCCUCGCCUCCGCUCGUGGGCAGCCACUGCCGCUCAUCCGGCCAUGCGGUGGCCGUGGCCUCUGGCCAUCUCUCUCGCCGUGGCGUUAGCGGCGGGUCCCGGCAGGGUCCCCGGGGGCGUCCCCCUGCGCCGGGGUGGUCGACAGGCCGCGACCCAGGAGCAGCCGAGCCGGUCCAGGCGUGGCACCGAGGAGGAGGAGGAGGCCAAGGGGGUGCAGCAGUACGCGCCCGAGGAGUGGGCUGAGUACCCCCGGCCCAUCCGCCCCACCGGGCCGCAGCCCACCGAGCCCCAGGUGGCCGCCAGCGCCCACCCGGACUGGGCUGUGGUCCCUGGGGGCAGCAGGCAGGAGCCUCGGGGCAACACGACGGGGACGCCGGGCCGGCGGCUGCAGAUCCAGAACCCCCUGUACCCGGUGACGGAGAGCUCCUACGGGGCCUACACCGUGCUGCUCCUGGCCCUGGUGCUGUUUGCCGUGGGCAUCGUGGGCAACCUGGCGGUCAUGUGCAUCGUGUGGCACAGCUACUACCUGAAGAGCGCCUGGAACUCCAUCCUCGCCAGCCUGGCCCUCUGGGACUUUCUGGUCCUCUUCUUCUGCCUCCCUGUCAUCAUCUUCCACGAGAUCACCAAGCAGAGGCUGCUGGGUGACGUGUCUUGCCGGGCUGUGCCCUUCGUGGAGGUCUCCGCUCUAGGCGUCACCACCUUCAGCCUCUGCGCCCUGGGCAUUGACCGCUUCCACGUGGCCACCAGCACCCUGCCCAAGGCCAGGCCCAUCGAGCCGUGCCCGUCCAUCCUGGCCAAGCUGGCGGUCAUCUGGGUGGGCUCCAUGACGCUGGCUGUGCCCGAGCUCCUGCUCUGGCAGCUGGUGCAGGAGCCUGGCCCCGCUGCGGGCCCUGUGGAUGCGUGCGUCAUGAAGCCCUCGGCCCGCCUGCCUGAGUCCCUCUACUCGCUGGUCUUGACCUACCAGAACGCCCGAAUGUGGUGGUCCUUCGGCUGCUACUUCUGCCUGCCCAUCCUCUUCACGGUCACGUGCCAGCUGGUGACGUGGCGGGUGUGGGGCCCGCCCGGCAGAAAGCCGGAGUGCCGGCCGGGCCAGCAGGAGCAGCGCGAGGGCCAGCUCAGCAGCACCGUGGUGGGCCUGACCGCCGUCUACGCCCUCUGCACCCUCCCCGAGAACGUGUGCAACGUCGUGGCCGCCUACCUCUCGGCCACGCUCACCCGCCGGACCCUGGACCUCCUGGGCCUGGUCGGCCAGCUCUCCCCCUUCCUCAAGGCGGCCGUCACGCCCGUGCUCCUCCUGUGCGUGUGCCGGCCCCUGGGCCGCGCCUUCCUGGACUGCUGCUGCUGCUGUUGCUGCGAGGGCUGCGGCGGGGCGGCGGCCACCGACGGCCCAGAUGCCAAGCUCCAGACGGGGCUGUCCGCCCCUGUCUACUUCCACAAGCCCCGGGAGGCGCCACCGCUCCUGGCCCUGGGCACGCCCUGCUGAGGCUGGCCGGCCGUGGCAGGGGGAGCUCUGUCCAGAGAUGGACUUGGUUCCCCUGGCUGGGGUCUGGGUAUGUCGGAGCCCCCUGGCCGAGCCCCUUCUCGGGGGCCGGCCCGCCCGUCCUCUUGCUGGGGGGCGGUGAUCCUCCAGGUCCUCAGAGCUGCCCAGAAACUCUCCAUCCCGCCGGCUGGGAGCCAGAACCUCACCUGGUCCCAGCCUCACUCUCCCCUCUCCAUCUGGAGCCCGACUACACUAUACUUUGCCCCUCUCGGCAUCGCCCAUCCUGGACGGGGGCCUUGGGGGCCAGCAACCGGGCUCUUCUCUGCACAGGAUGGGCCCAGCCCUGGAAGCCUCCUCCAGGUGCCGUCUCUUCUCCAGGAGCAUUUCUCUCUCUGUCCUCCUCCUUCUCUGACGUACCCUGGUUGCCCUGUCCACCCCCCCAAUCCCGGUCAGGUGCUCCCCCGUAGAAGACCCUUCUUG